AUUGGUCGUGAGGUUACCUCAGUCAAGUGGGAUCUGAUUACGUCAGGGUGGCAUCAAAUGGGACCAAAUUUUCUUCUUCCUUCAGUCCGCUGGCAUGAGGAUCAACCCCUCGGCUUCGGGGGUAGGGGCUAGGCAGAGGGCAUGGGCCGGUGGGUCAGACUCGGAUGCAUGUCGACAUGGCAUCAACACGGUCCCCUGCCUAGCCUUGCCUUCCCCACACGAACCAUGACGACGACCACGAGCGCAACUGCGGAGCUUGCGACUCCACGGGAUGAAAACUCGACUAUGAACGCGACCGCGACGACCGCCAAGGGGGAUGAGACGUCGUCGUCCGGUUUGGACGCGUCCGCCGUGCUACCGCCGCCCAGACCGACGCGUGGGCUGGGUUUCUGGAUGAUCUUCCUCUCGCUGUGUGUGUGCGGGUUUCUCACCGCCAUAGAGAUGGGCUCCGUCUCCCCGGCCCUCCCGACGAUCAUCGAAGAUCUUCACGGGACCCAGUUCAUCUGGGUCGGCUCGGCUUACGCGCUCGGCGCGACGGCUUUGAUCCCGCUGAGCGGGGGGCUCGCGCAGGUCUUCGGCCGGCGCCCUGUCGUUCUUACCUCGAUCGCCUUAUUUGCGGUGGGUAGUGCGGUGUGCGGUGCAGCACAAAACAUGGGGAUGAUGAUCGCUGGCCGGGCGGUACAAGGUUUAGGCGGAGGGGGAAUCGUGUCGGUCACGCAGAUUAUCGUGGGGGAUCUGGUGCCGCUGCGUGAGCGGGGGAUGUUCAACGGGAUCAUUUCGAUGGCGUAUGCGUUUGGUGUUGGAGUCGGACCGGUCACAGGGGGAGGGUUGGCGUCGCUGGGGCAGUGGCGGUGGUUGUUCUACCUCAAUCUCCCUGUCGCUGGAAUCGCCGGAAUUCUUGCGCUCGUGUUCGUCCGGCUCAAGACUCCCUCCGGGACUCUGCGAGAGAAGCUCGGUCGGAUCGAUUAUGCUGGGAAUGUGCUCGUGGUUGGUGCCACCACUUCGGCGGUUCUUGCCUUGACGUGGGGCGGGAUCCAAUUCGGAUGGGGCUCGGCGCAGGUUCUCGCCCCACUUAUCCUGGGUUUGGUUGGUCUUGUUGCGUUCAUGGUGUACGAGACAUUCGUCGCAUCUAAUCCGCUGGUCCCAUUCGACGUGGUAUCCACUAUGACCGGGUUCAGCGGCCACACGCAGAAUUUUUUGACGUGGCUCGUUCUGAUGACCCUGACAUAUUACACCCAAGUUUACUACCAAGCAUGCUACGACGUCUCCCCCAUUGCAGCCGGCGUGAACGGCCUUCCGCUCGCCAUCGUCCCUGCGCCGAUGGGCCUCAUCGCAGGCGUCAUCACCCAGAAGCGCGGCUCGUUCCGCCUGCCAAUUUGGAUCGGCUGGGUGCUCAUCGUCAUCGGGACCGCCAUGAUGGCCACGCUCGACGAGGCGUCCGCCCGGGCCAAAGCGAUCGGAUUCACAGUCAUCCCAGGGACGGGGAUCGGCAUUCUGAUCUUGAUGGCGUAUUUCCCCGUGUUAGCCCCGAUCAAGGUCGAGAAGAACGCGCAGGCCGUCGCGUUUUUCGUAUUUUUGAGGAAUUUCUCGCUGGUUUGGGGCGUCACUGUCGGAGGCAGCAUUCUGCAGAACCAGCUCCAGCGACACCUCCCCGCGGCCUUCCUAGCACAGUUCCCUCCAGGCUCGGAAAUCGCAUAUUCAAUCAUCCCUGUCAUCAAGACCCUCCCGGAGCCGCUACAGACCGAGGUCCGCGCUGCAUUCGCAAGAUCGCUGCAGACAGUGUGGUGGGCGACGACGGGGAUUGCGGGGCUCGGGCUCUUGUUCAGCCUAUUGAUGAAGCCGUAUCCGCUGCAUACGGCUGUGGAUCGGGAUUGGGGGAUGGAGGGUACACAGAGCGGAAGAGAUGUGGAGAAGGAUGCUACUGCGCCUGUUGCAGAAUGAUAAUGACGAUUACGUAUAUCGAAAGAACGAUUCACGCUGUCAGUGUAAUGCUAUCGAUUUGUUUUCUUGUUGUAUCAUCACAGAAACGAGAGACCGGCUGUUUAGAC